AAAAUACUGAUCAUUUUAUUAAAAUUAAAUUUUCGUGUAUUUAACUUAAUUAACAUGUCUAUUUUACUAGCUGAUAUUGAUGCUACUUGCUCAAGCCUUGGAUAUAACGACGGAAGUAAAUAUAACAUUGAAGAUGAUGCUUUACAGUCAUUAAAACAUCUGAUAUGGAUUUUAAGACGUGACAAUCUGGAUACUCACGAAUAUAGACGAUAUAUUGGUCAUAAAAAAGUAAUUCAAACAGAUUUAUUGCCAAUGUUAAUUGAUCAUUGUAAUCAUUCGGAACUUGCUGAUGUUCUUCUUCGAUUGUUGGUGAAUUUAACAAAUCCAGCUAUGCUAUUCUUCAGAAGUGAUUUACCAAAGGACAAUGCUGGUCGUAGAACGUACCUGGAUCUCGUAGAAAUAUCUCACACCUACAAAGAGGCAUUCGCUAAUUCAUCAGCUGAUGCGGGAGAGAGAUCAGAAGAACAAGGUUUAGUGCUUGAAAGAAUAUUAGUAUUGACACGUAACGUGCUGCAAGUUCCAACAAAUCCACAGAAUGAAAAGCGCGUUGAUAACGACAUUAGCGUUCACGAUCAAAUUUUGUUAGCACUUCAUGAUUCGGGCAUGCUUGAAUUGAUUCUCUACAUACUCAGUUCAAAAUACGAAAAUCAAUACUAUCUUCAUGCACUCGAAAUCACGUAUCUUAUAUUUCGUGAACAAAAAGUUGAAACAUUAGCAGAUUCAUCGGUACAACGUUCAGAUGCUGAGAAGCUUGCUGAUGAACAAGCAUUGAUAACAGCAAGAAAAAUGGAAAAGGCAAAAGUACAGCAGCAUUUACCGCCAGCACGACAUUCACGAUUUGGCGGCACCUAUGUUUAUAAAAACAUGAAGUCAGUUUCUGAUCGAGAUCUCAUUUGUCAUCAGCCACUCGAAAGAGUUGUUGAACAAGAUUUGAGUCGUGAUAAGAAAAAGAUUAAACCAAAUUUUCGUCUUGCAAAAGAUGAAGAUAAAUAUGAGCGUCAAAGUGCUUUUUGUGUUCGUUUAGUAUUACGUGAAUUUUGUCUUGAAAUAUUGACAAAAUCAUUUAAUAAUUUGAUUCGACAAGUGCGACGUGUUCUCGAACGUAAUCAUGUAAAUAAUGAAGGAAGUGGUCAUGAUCAAUCAUAUUUAUUAUGGUCGAUACGUUUCUUUCUUGAAUUUAAUCGUUUAAAUGGCUUCAUACUUGAACAUGUGAGCGAAGCAGUCACUGUUGGUACAAUUCAUUGGAUAUGCAGUCAAAUUCAAAAUGACUCGGAAAUGAUUCAAACUGAUAAGAGGAGAAAAAUCAAUUGGAAUCGUCGUCUACAAUUAGGAAUUCAUGCAUAUCGCGAGUUUCUACAAACCUUACAAGUAAUGGAAUUGGAUGACGAUGAGGAAGUAAAAGGACUCGUUGCAAAACUCAAGACGAACAUUUUCUAUGUCGUUGAAUAUCGUGAAAUGAUACUUCACUUGCUGUUGGGCUAUAACGAAAAUCAUUUUACAAGAAUGUAUCUCCGUGACCUUAUUGACACGACAAACGUGUAUAUGAAAAUGAUGGAGAAAUUCUGUCAAGGCAGUGUUGUGGUGCAAACAAAAGUUAAGAAGGAUAAGAAGAAAAAGAAAAAGGCUGACAAAAAUGCUACGAAGAAGGUCAAACAGUCCAAAAAGCCUUCAAAAGAGGAAGUAAUGGUGAGAAAGUUUGAUAAACAGUUGAUGUGGGUCUUUUCUAUUAAUAUUUUCUUUUGUAUGCUACGUAAUAAGGAACGACUAGAGAACGAAUGGGACUCAAAGAUAUCAUCAAAUGUUGCAGUCGUUCUUGGAAAUGAUAUAAAUUUGCCUGAAGAAGAACAACCAGAAGAGCCAUUUAAUGCUGAAUUGGAAAUAUCUGAAGAUGAGCAACGUGAAAAAUGUAAACAAAAAAUUCAUAAUUUCCUUCGCGAUGAAGAUUUCGAACGUGCAGUUUUACUUUUGAGAGCGGGACGAAAGUCUUGGCCAGAUGUUGAAACAUUUGGACGAGAAAAUGCACAACCGGAAGAGGAGCUUAUGAUAUUAAAGGAAAUUUACAUGAUGAAUCAAGAAAGCGAUAAUGAUAAUGUCGAUGAUUUUUGGAAGGAAUUUGAUGGGUCAGAAUCUGAAGAUAAUGAUGCUGAUGCUGUUGGAGAUGAGAAUGAAGAAAGUAACGAAGAGAGCGAUGAAGAGGAAGAAGAGGAAACUGAACUGAAAGAAAUCACAAUGAAAUUUUCGGACAUCGAAAAACGAUUAUUAAAUCCGAAGGUUGUUCGUGCAUGUACAUGGGCGCUUCAAAGUUGGGAAAAGAUGAGUUAUCGUGAAAUCAAAAGUGCCGUUACAAUCCUUCAUCGAAUCGCUGUGAAUUUAAAGAUGCCAAUUAUGCUAAUGCACGCUCAAUUAUUUCGUAUCUUUCAACAAGUCUUUAAUGUACCGAAAGAUAAUCGUUAUGAAGAGUUGCGACGAAUUGGAAUUUAUGUAGUUCGGCAGUUUGUGAAAUUAGUUCCACGUAAUCCAAAGAUAUUUGCAGAACUGCUAUUCUUUAGUUCUCAUCGUGAAUGUCAUGAAAUUGAGCAUGGAUAUGACGAACCUUUUGGAGAGCACGAAGGCAAAAACAAAGCAUGGUCUGAAGAGCAAGAAGAAGAUCUUCGACAGUUAUUCAUGAGAAAUCAAGAAUCACCCGAAACAGAUCAAGAUGUAAUUGACUGGAUUGUUGAAAAUUUAAAGGAACGAAAUCGAACACGUCGUGGCGUUAUAAAGAAGCUGAAAGAACUUGGAUUAAUAUUUAAAGCGCCAACGAAAAAAUCUAAUGCUGCUGCUGCAAAUAAGAAUCUUUUUACGAAAGACGAGGACGAAAAGCUUCGAGAGCUUUACGAUGAGCAUCGUUUGGAUAAGCAUUGUUUGGCAAAAAUCAUGGAAGUGUUUAAAGGAAAACGUAGCAAGAAGGCGAUUGUCAAGAGAAUGAUACAAUUGCAUCUUAUAGCUGACGAAACAGAAAUUUUACCACCCAAGAAAAGUCGCAAAAAGAAUCAUGAAGACGGUGACUCUGAGAGACAAUCAGAAAGUGAUGAACGCAGCGAAAGCGAUGAAAGUGACAACGAUGAUAAUAAUUCUCGUAUUGGAAGGAAUUCACAACAAUCAAUGUCAGUAUCAAGAAGCAAUUAUCAAAUUAGUCAACGUGAUGUGACUAACUACAGAAUUGAAUUAGAGGAAUCGCUAAAGGAGGCAAUCGAAUGGAUAAUUGAAUCAUUAAAGGAAGCAGCAGAGGAUUUUGAAGAAGUUUCGGAUGAAAUAAGUGAUGCAAUUCCAAUUGUGCCGUAUACUGAGUCACAAAAAAUGGCAUUAGACAAUCCACAAUUUCAAGGUCUUCUUCGUAGCAUAAAUUUAAUUGAACCACAUGAUACAGAAACGUAUUGGAAAAUUCCAGCUAAUAUGUUACCGAAUGAUUUUCAAAAACGAGCACAAUUGCUUGCUGGAGAAAUUCCAACAAUAUCUCAACAUGAUACAGCUAAAAAUAGUGACAGUGAGAAUGAUAAUGAUGACGAUUCAGAUUUAUUCUCACGCCUACGUGCUCAACAUAAUGCAUUGGUAUAUAAUCACAGUGACAAUGAGGAUGAUCGUCCAAAAUCGUCUAUUAGCAGCAAAAAGACGAAUAAGCCACAACAAAAAGUAGCCAAAUUAAAUACAAAAUUAAUUAAAAAAUUACAUCCACAACUUUCUGUUGAGCAUGGAUCAACAAUGCAAUGGCUUGUAGAAUUACUUGAUGAGAAAAUAGCAAAUAAAGCCACUAAGUCCACAUUAAUUGAUGAAAUGUUAAUUGUACCAUCAACAAAUGACCAAAAAGAAUCACUGAAGGAUGAAAAUUUUAAGAAACUCUUAGCAGCUCUUAGCUUAAUUCCACCAAAUGGCAAUGAAAGCUAUUGGCAAAUACCAGAAUCAUUAACAACAAAGGAAUUAAAGAAACGAAUGGAAUUACUGCAAGUGAAAAAUACUCAAAAUGAUACUACAGACGAGUCAGAUAGUGAACAAAUGAUAAUUAAAAGAAAGAAACCAAAAGCUACCCGAGAAUCACAAGAUGAUGAUGAUGAUUUUGGCAUUAACACACAACAAUUAAAAGAACGUCUUGCUGAAUUAGAAAGCUCUUCAGAUGAUGACCAUGAUAUGACUGACAUAAACCAAUCAACGAAACAACAGAAUAAAAAGAUAAUAAAUCGUCAUAUUCUUGAUUCAUCCGAUGAUGAUCAUAGCGGUGCUGAUGAUGCUGAAAUGACUAAGCAAAUCAUUAAGGCUAAUGAAAUAAAGGAAAAAAGGAAAUCAGAAAAGCGCGAACGUUCACAAUCACCCGAUGAGAAUGAGAUGAAUGCCAGCAAUAAUAACAGUAAUAAUAAUCCAAUGAAAAAAAUCCGUAGAAUUAUCGACAGUGAUGAUGAUGAGUGAAAUGGAAGGAAAGCCUUAUAGGGGUUUGGCGCAUUCAUCUUUCUUUUGAUUAGUAAUUUUAUUGAUGUUUGAAAAAGUAAAAGAAUAAGAAUGAAGAAAGCAAAUAAAUUUAAGAAUAAACUUAUGAAGAAAUUUUUAUCACAUUUUUAUGAAUUCAAGAAAGUUUGC